AAACUUUUAUGCACAAGAUUAUUUUCUUCCUUGUGUAAAACGAUCGCUGAAAAUAGCCUUACUCAACAAUCGCUUCAUCAAAGUGUGUGAACUGUGAAGCUGAAAUCUUGAUUUGUGAACCUUUCCUUCGUCUGGAAAAAAGAUGGCUGCUAUGAAAAAGAAAUUCAAAAUUCCCUCUGCUGAGGAGAUGGAGCAAUCAUCAACAGCUGUAAUGAAGCCACUAGACACCCUCAUGGCUUUCAAAAGACAGCAAAAGGAAGAUGACUCGCAUAAAACCACAGAUAACAAGAAAACAGACACAGAUCCUAACCAAAUUAAAAUUGCUUCAUUUCUAACUUCAUCUAAAUCAUCAACAUCAAAAUCCAGCACUACUACCAGGAUAUCGGGUCCAAAAUAUACUGCUGAUGAUGAUGCAUCAUCAUCGUCAUCUACAAGACUCACAAUAUCAGAGACUAAAGAUAAAGGUGAAAUAUCUACAAAGUCAAGUGAUAAAAUUUUGGCUCCUGUAACAGCGGGCAAAGGAAGCAAAAGUAAUGCCCUCAUUGUCAAUCCAAGACAGAGAGGUAAUCCCAUUCUCAAGUCAGUACGUAAUGUAGCCUGGGAAUUUGGUGACAUUGUACCAGAUUAUGUGAUGGGCCUGAGCACAUGUGCUCUUUAUCUGAGUUUAAGGUACCACCAGCUUAAUCCAAAUUACAUCCACGACCGUUUGAAGCAGUUAGGUCGUGCUUAUGAUCUCCGCAUUAUGCUUGUACAAGUUGACAUCAAGGAACCUCACCAUCUUCUAAAGGAACUUGCAAAGAUCUGCAUUCUAGCAGACUGUACGCUGAUGUUGGCAUUCACACCUGAAGAAGCUGGACGCUACCUUGAGACCUACAAAGUUUAUGAAUUUAAACCACCAGAUGCCAUUAUGGAAAAAACAGAUCAUGACUUUGUGUCCAAGUUUACAGACUGUUUAACAAGUGUUAAGUCAGUAAAUAAAACAGAUGCAGCAACUUUGAUGUCCACAUUCAAAACUCUGGAAGGUGUCAUGGAAGCAUCAAAGGAAGAUCUGUCACUUUGUCCAGGGUUUGGACCUCAGAAAGCGAAGCGUGUUUUUGACAUAUUCCAGGAACCCUUUAUGAAAACUAAGAAAAAAAAACCAGAGAAAGACUGAUAAUUUAUGCAAGCUGCUUUAGUUACCUGGACAUUUUUUUUUUCUUAAAGGAGAAAACUACUUUUCAGCUAAGUAAAAAAUUUCGACUUAUGUUAGGACAUUUGACAUAAUUUAUGUCAUAUACACCAGUGUACAGACCUAUUGAUGUGCUUAUUUAAAAUGUUACUGAAAGUGCUAGAAGAUGCUUUAUUUUGUGUUGAAAUGGAAAAUAAAUGCAAUAAUUGUAAAAUGUAUAAAUAUUAGGAUUUAUUGAACUUUUAAAAACGGGUAUACAUGUA